AUGUCGCCACUUCUUGACAGUCCAAGAGCAUGUCCUCCUAUGCAGGAGCUGGGCCUCUCCCCGCACCUCAUGCAAGCGAUCCGGAACCUCUAUCGUCGCCGCCAGCUGCUUCGGCCCGUCCGGCAGCUGCGCGCCACGGCGGCGGGGUGCCUUGCAGGUGCGAGGGACAUUUCGAGGGAGAUCUUGGCCUAA